UUUUUUUGGUUUUUGGUCUUUGAGCGUGUCGAACAGGGACGGCCGCGUGCUUUUCGCGUUUACGCUGCUAGCAGUGGAGCUGGCAAAGUGGACCCCGUCAGGGCAUUUGCAUAUUGGAACUCGGUUGAGUUUUCGUACUAA